CCUCACGAUGAAUUAGCCCGAAACUAUAGAUUUUGUUCCAAAGCGCACUACAAGUUAAAUCACCCUACCGAGCCGGAAUGUCAGCCUCGGACGCGGACGUCAAAACCGCAAACUUUCAUUAUUACUAUUAAAAUUAAUUACAGAUAGUUUUCGCUUCCGCGAUGUGCACGCUCUUCUCUGCACAUUUCAACGGAGGCGCACUGCGCUUUUACGCACGACUCCAGUGACACUGUGUCGGGGAGCGGAGUGCCAUGAAGACCGUCAGUGUGUGAGCGCUUUGCUGCCACCGCUGCAAGAAGAUGAUCCUGCUGCCUGGUCUGUUGUUCAUUCUCUGGGGAGAACCGGCUCGGUGCCUGGAAGAGGGUGGAGGCUUUCAAUUCAGUGGAGAUAUCCGCCACUUCGCCGUGGCCAACAACACGGUUUACAUCGCUACAGAGGAGAAGCUGUACCAGCUGAGCCACGACCUGACUCUGGUCCAGAGUCUGACCCAGAGAGGAAUCUGGAAAGGUGGGCCUCAGUCAGACGACGCGCAGUUUUACCGGGUUUCUGAGACGGAUGAGUGGAACGCAACUUUCAGUGUCAACAUCUUGCUGCCGUUUGUUCAGAAUGGCACUCUGAUCAGCUGCGGUGUGAUCAAGUGCGGCUACUGCGAGCUGCUGGACCCGAAGAACAUUUCCAAUGUGCUGUACAGGGAGCACAUCCAGGUGGGGCCCGGAGUGCACAGCAGCGCGUCCGUCGGCUUCCUGGUGGAUGUAAAGACUCGGACCCGGACCGAGACUUACAUUCUGACUGCCGUACAGUCCACAGAGUCCAGCUGCUUCUAUAAUUUAAAUACGGUGAACCUUUAUAAUACGAAUAACGAUCAGAGAGGAUCGAUAUUUUCCUCAGCUGGCGAGUCUUCUGGCGCUGCGAUCAAACGUGAAGGUCAUGUGGAGUUUGUGGAUGGAUUUCAGAUCAGUUUAAUCAUUUAUCUUUUCUCCAACCUGCCCUCAGAAGACAAAAGCAACAAAGUCCGUCUCAUAUGGCUCGAGGGACAAACAGGCAAAGCCCAGACUCUGAAGUCUCUGCGGGGCGCGACUCUCAGUAUCUCUGAGGGUGCUGGUAAAGGCAGCAGACUCCUGGCCUCCUCGGUGAUCCCGGGUGGGCCGCCGGUGCUCUGGAGCGGCGUGUUCAGUGUGGACGGAGAACAAACCAACACCGAGCUGGUAGUGUUUGACAUCAGCCCUGAUCUCACCGGAGAGGCCGAUACGGAUCCAGACUUCUGCAGCGUCUGUUCUGACAAGGCAACACCGCCGCCAAAGACUCUGAAGCCGAAGACGGUGCUCUUCAGGCAGAACUACAUGAGCUCUGUGCUGGCAGUGAGACACAAGGCCUGGAUGGUUUUCUUCAUUGGGACGGAAGAUGGGCAGCUCAUUAAGCUUGCUGUGGACAUGAACUAUCGCACCACCUGUCCCAGGGUGCUGUACAGGGCCAAUGACGACCGCCAAGUGUUCCCCAAAAUACAUCUGGAUCAAGUGGACCGUAAACAUGUGUACGUGCCAUUUCGAAACCAGAUGAAGCGCGUACCUGUGUCAAAGUGCAGCACAUACACAAAUGUGCAGGACUGUUGGUCUGCACAGGAUCCAUACUGUGUCUGGUGCGGCUCUAAAAGAAGUUGCACAUUCGAAGAUGACUGCCAAGAUUCAGACUGGUUGUCCAUUCCUGAUGAUUCCCGUCAACAGAAAAUGGUUUCCUACAAAGUUGUAAAGGACAGCACUGGCCAGAUCACACUUAACAUCCAGACACACCUGACUGUGGGCCUGAAGGCUCGGGCUAACUUCGCCUGUCAAUUCUCUGCAAGCUCCAGUGAGCUUUGUAGCAGGACAAGCCCUCCUCCACAGUUCCCACAAUGCACCUGCAUCCUUCAGAAUGCCACACUUCCUGCUGAAGGCCUGCGUGCCACAGUUAGGAUUAGACUUGGGUCGACACAAUUGUUGGAACAACCUAAGAUAUCCAACUGCCCUGACAUCAGGGGACGGCCAACUUCUGUCCUGUGUCGGCAGUGUAUCGAGGCUGGAUGUGGCUGGAGCACAAACGGCUGUUCCUGGGGAAAUCGGGGAGUGGGGAAUCACAGUGUUUGCCAAAUGAUGGAGUCAGGGAUGAACUUUUCUAGACCCGAGAUCUCCUCCAUCAGUCCCAGCGUCGUGUCUUUCCAUGGCAGAAAUCACGCAGUGUUGUCCGGUCAUAACCUCAGUGAUGUGACCAGAGUCAGGAUCCAGGCGGACCUGGACUGCACGCCACAAGAAUCUCCUGUAUGGAACAACACUGGUGUGAAUCUGACGUUCCACAUUCCCAGUGCUGAUAAUAAAGGCGUGGUCAAAGUACGUGUUCUCCUCCCAGAUGGUAGUUGCCAUGGCAAUGCUGAAAUCACCUACCAGUCAUCACCAUCCUGCACCAACAUUGCACCCAGCAGCACCUGGAUCAGUGGGAAGAGGAAGGUCAUACUCAUGGGAUCCCACCUGGAGUUUGUGGAAGGGGUCAUACACAGCCACGCCCCGCAGGAAGUCAGACUUCCCAGAAGCAGCAACUAUCAGAAUCUCACCUAUGACACACCUGCAGCUGGAAAUACUCGAGGGAUUUUUACAAGCACUGUGUCUCUGAAAGUAGCCAAUGAAACCUUGGCCUGCUCCACAGCAAUAACCUACUAUCCAGAACCCGAGUUCACUAGCUUCACGUCCACAAGGACGGGGGAUGAUGUCCGCAUCACCAUACAGAAAAAGGCAGACAAACUGGAGAUGACCACAGCAGAGCUGUCAGUGUGGGGCGUUCAGGAAGGAAAACAGUUCCCCUGCAUCAUGGAAACCAAAGAAACCAGUAACGAGACUGACUUUUUCAUCUGUGAGAUUCAAAGGACACCCGACGCUAAGUUUCAGCAGUUAAUGAUAACAUAUGGUGACAAGGCAGUAACCCUAGGGCCUCCAUCUUUAUUAGAUCAGGUCCUUCUGAUACUGCGUAUUGUGCUGAUACCCUGUAUUAUUGUUGUGUUGGUGGUUAUCUAUCGAUGGCAAAAGAAGCUCACUGCUGGGAUGAACAUGCUCUGACCAUUAGGCGAAACCUGGCUACUCUUCUUCUAAAGCAACAGGCCAUUAAUGUCAUAAUGCACGACCUAAGGACCCAAAUGCAGAACACAGGAAAGUGGAGAACUGGAUAGUAGUGACAGUUUUUAUUAUAAUACGGCAAGCAAUGACAGGUUGACAAGAGCUCUUCCAGAGCGGGCGAGUCUGGUGUAGUCCGCUGUAGCCAGUAGUGACGUUAGUAGUCCACAGGACGGAGACGGUGAGUGUAGGUGGAGGAGUGUAGUGUGAGAGGACAUAUAGACCAUAUAAGCCUGUCUGUACCCUGUAAUUAUGUCAUAUGUGUGUACCCAGUGUCAUUUAUGUCUGGGUUCCCCCUAAAUGCAGAUUUGUUACCCCCUUAUUCCUUGUCCUUCUUCGCUUGUACCCAGUGAUAAGUACCCAGUCUGUUUCUUUCAGUGGCAAAUCAUUUACACUGUCAUUUGCGUGCUGUAAUCUAAAGCUUUACUGAAAGUCUCAGUACUGAGAAAGGCCUUGAACUCAUCUUCCAGCAGCUUACUUCAGAUGACUGAGAAAAGCAAGUGGAUGGUUUAACAUGUAUUCAAGCCCUAGCAAGGCAACAUGUACAAUCACUGAAGGCUAUUCUUUGCAAAGUUUGUGUGACUGUCAUACAGGUGAAAUACCUGUGCUCCAGUGUCCUGUGCUGCUAAGGCCACCCUGGGCGAGAUUUAUGCUCACCUGCAGAAGGCCAUGGAUGACAGGCUGUGCCCUGGUGAUUAAGGUGUCUGAGUCCAACAGCUUCAUCCAGCAGCAGGCCAGUCUGGCCCAAGACACCAUGGUGCAGAACCGCCACCCCGGUCGUAUAACGGCUCAUUUAAGACACCAUGGACACAACAUGCUGCAGAAACUUACCACCACAGCACAUACCCAAAACACUGGAAAGAGACGGUCCCAGAACAACACAGAGAAUUGCUGAAAAGCUUAACACAUGUACCUUGGCAAGUGACUGUAAUUACUGUAUAUCAGUGUCAAUGUGAACUGAAUAAAUGUCUUUCAUGAAUUGGAUAAAACAAA